AUGUCUGAUAUAACAUCAGAAGAGCAGUUUCACUGGCAGUCACAAGAUGGUCAAAAAGAUAUCGAAGAUGAACUUACAACAGGUCUUGAACUGGUGGACUCAUGUAUUAGAUCACUACAGGAAUCAGGAAUAUUGGACCCACAGGAUUAUUCCACAAGUGAAAGGCCCAGCCUACUCUCCCAGAGUGCACUUCAGCUCAAUUCCAAACCUGAAGGGUCUUUCCAGUAUCCGGCCAGCUACCAUAGCAACCAGACCCUGGCCCUGGGUGACACAGCCCCUUCGCAGCUCCCAGCCCGCAGCACGCAAGCUCGAGCUGGGGGCCAGAGCUUCAGCCAGGGCACGACGAGCCGCGCCGGCCACCUGGCGGGGCCCGAGCCCGCGCCGCCGCCGCCACCGCCGCCGCGGGAGCCGUUCGCGCCCAGCCUGGGCAGCGCCUUCCACCUGCCCGACGCGCCGCCCGCCGCCGCCGCCGCCGCCGCGCUGUACUACUCGAGCUCCACGCUGCCGGCGCCGCCCCGCGGGGGCUCCCCGCUGACCGCGCCGCAGGGCGGCUCGCCCACCAAGCUGCAGCGCGGCGGCUCGGCCCCCGAGGGCGCCGCCUACGCCGCGCCGCGCGGCUCCUCGCCCAAGCAGUCGCCCAGCCGCCUGGCCAAGUCCUACAGCACCAGCUCGCCCAUCAACAUCGUCGUGUCCUCGGCCGGCCUGUCCCCGAUCCGCGUGACCUCGCCCCCCACCGUGCAGUCCACCAUCUCGUCCUCGCCCAUCCACCAGCUGAGCUCCACCAUUGGCACGUACGCCACGCUGUCGCCCACCAAGCGCCUGGUGCACGCGUCGGAGCAGUACAGCAAGCACUCCCAGGAGCUGUAUGCCACAGCCACCCUCCAGCGGCCUGGCAGCCUAGCAGCUGGGUCUCGAGCCUCAUACAGCAGCCAGCAUGGACACCUGGGGCCCGAGCUGCGGGCCCUGCAGUCCCCAGAGCACCACAUAGACCCCAUCUAUGAAGACCGCGUCUAUCAGAAGCCCCCUAUGAGGAGUCUCAGCCAGAGCCAAGGGGACCCUCUGCCGCCAGCACACACCGGCACCUACCGCACGAGCACAGCCCCAUCUUCCCCUGGUGUCGACUCCGCCCCCUUGCAGCGCACAGGCAGCCAGCAUGGCCCACAGAACGCCGCCACUGCCACCUUCCAGAGGGCCAGCUAUGCUGCCGGCCCAGCCUCCACCUACGCCGACCCCUACCGACAGCUGCAAUAUUGUCCCUCCGUGGAGUCUCCGUACAGCAAAUCCGGCCCUGCCCUCCCGCCUGAAGGUACCUUGGCCAGGUCGCCUUCCAUUGACAGCAUCCAAAAAGAUCCCAGAGAAUUCGGAUGGAGAGACCCAGAGCUGCCUGAGGUGAUUCAGAUGUUGCAACACCAGUUUCCCUCGGUCCAGUCUAAUGCUGCAGCCUACUUACAGCACCUCUGUUUUGGAGACAAUAAGAUUAAAGCUGAGAUACGGAGACAAGGAGGCAUCCAGCUGCUGGUGGACCUGUUGGAUCACCGGAUGACCGAAGUCCAUCGUAGCGCCUGCGGAGCUUUGCGGAACUUGGUGUAUGGGAAGGCCAACGAUGACAACAAAAUCGCCCUGAAGAACUGCGGUGGCAUCCCAGCACUGGUGAGGUUGCUCCGCAAGACCACCGACCUGGAGAUCCGGGAGCUGGUCACAGGAGUCCUGUGGAACCUCUCGUCGUGUGAUGCACUCAAAAUGCCAAUCAUCCAGGACGCCCUGGCAGUGCUGACCAACGCCGUGAUAAUACCCCACUCGGGCUGGGAGAAUUCGCCUCUGCAGGAUGAUCGGAAAAUACAGCUGCAUUCGUCACAGGUGCUGCGCAAUGCCACUGGGUGCCUAAGGAACGUGAGUUCAGCCGGAGAAGAGGCCCGCAGGAGGAUGCGUGAGUGUGACGGGCUCACAGAUGCCUUGCUGUACGUGAUCCAGUCUGCACUGGGGAGCAGUGAGAUCGAUAGCAAGACCGUAGAAAACUGUGUGUGCAUCCUAAGGAACCUCUCGUACCGGCUGGCGGCAGAGACGUCUCAGGGACAACACAUGGGCACCGACGAGCUGGACGGGCUGCUCUGCGGCGAGGCCAAUGGCAAGGACGCCGAGAGCUCCGGGUGCUGGGGCAAGAAGAAGAAGAAGAAGAAAUCCCAGGAGCAGUGGGAUGGAGUAGGACCUCUUCCCGACUGUGCAGAACCGCCAAAAGGGAUCCAGAUGCUGUGGCACCCGUCAAUAGUCAAACCCUACCUCACUCUGCUCUCUGAGUGCUCAAACCCAGACACGCUGGAAGGGGCGGCAGGCGCCCUGCAGAACUUGGCAGCAGGGAGCUGGAAGUGGUCAGUCUAUAUCCGAGCUGCUGUCCGAAAAGAGAAAGGCCUGCCCAUCCUUGUGGAGCUGCUUCGAAUAGACAAUGACCGAGUGGUGUGCGCCGUGGCCACGGCGCUCCGGAACAUGGCCUUGGACGUCAGAAAUAAGGAACUCAUUGGCAAAUACGCCAUGCGAGACCUCGUGCACAGGCUCCCAGGAGGAAACAACAGCAACAACACAGCAAGCAAGGCCAUGUCCGAUGACACGGUGACAGCCAUCUGCUGCACCCUGCACGAAGUGAUCACCAAGAACAUGGAGAAUGCCAAGGCCUUACGGGACGCCGGUGGCAUCGAGAAGUUGGUCGGCAUCUCCAAGAGCAAAGGAGACAAACACUCCCCGAAGGUGGUCAAGGCUGCAUCUCAGGUCCUAAGCAGCAUGUGGCAGUAUCGAGAUCUGAGGAGUCUGUACAAAAAGGAUGGAUGGUCACAGUAUCACUUUGUAGCCUCGUCUUCAACCAUUGAGAGGGAUCGGCAGAGGCCCUACUCCUCCUCCCGCACGCCCUCCAUCUCCCCCGUGCGCGUGUCUCCCAACAACCGCUCAGCAAGUGCCCCAGCUUCACCUCGGGAAAUGAUCAGCCUCACAGAAAGGAAAACGGACUACGAGUCCACCGGCAGCAACGCCACUUACCACGGAACUAAAGGCGAACACACUUCCAGGAAGGAUGCCAUGACAGCUCAGAACACUGGAAUUUCAACCUUGUAUAGGAAUUCAUAUGGUGCGCCCGCUGAAGACAUCAAACACAACCAGGUUUCAGCACAGCCAGUCCCCCAGGAGCCCAGCAGAAAAGACUACGAGACCUACCAGUCGUUUCAGAACUCCACGAGAAAUUAUGAGGAGUCCUUCUUCGAGGACCAGGUCCACCACCGCCCUCCGGCCAGCGAGUACACCAUGCACCUGGGCCUCAAGUCCACUGGCAACUACGUCGACUUCUACUCCGCUGCCCGUCCCUACAGUGAACUGAACUAUGAAACGAGCCACUACCCUGCCUCCCCCGACUCCUGGGUGUGA